CUCUGCACCGCCGUGCGACGUAAUACCGCGCUGCGUCGCACGUGUCAGUUGUGCAACAGCUCAGAGCAGCGGGACACUUCUCCAGCGUCAAGAUGAAUCUGGAGGAAUACUUCAAGAGGAUCAGUUUUCAAGGCUCCUAUGAAGCCCUGGAUCUGCCCACACUGAAGCUGAUCCACAAACGGCACGUCAUGUCGAUCCCUUUUGAAAACCUCAGCAUUCACUGCGGGGAGAGAAUCAGCACAGACGUCCGGGUAAUCUAUGAUAAGAUAGUGAGGGGCCGUCGUGGAGGUUGGUGCAUGGAGAACAACUUCCUGUUCGGCUGGGCGCUGAGAGAAAUGGGCUUCGACACGAUAACACUGAGUUCCAGGGUUUACAACAGUUUUCUCCAAGACUUUGGUCCACUGGAUUCUCAUCUCAUCAAUAAAGUCAUUAUUGAUGGGAAGGCUUAUUUGACAGAUGUGAGCUUUGGGGUGUCGUCUCAAGUGUGGGAGCCUCUGGAGCUCAUCUCUGGAAAGGACCAACCCCAGGCAGCCGGAAUCUUCCGUCUUAUGGACAGAGGAGACAUGUGGACGCUGGAGAAGACUGGAAGGAAACCAGAACUUCUCAAUCCAGAAUUUGCAAAUUCGGGCUUAAUCAACAGGAAGCCAACAAAGCUGAUUUACUGCUUCACGAUGGAGCCGCGCCAGGCCGAUUAUUUCCUAGAGGUAAAUGGCAAGCUCCAAACCGAUCCAACCUGCCUGUUCACCAAUAAAUCCAUCUGCUCUCUGCAGACAGCCACAGGGUUCAAGGCCCUGAUCGGCUGGACCUACAGCGAGGUGACCUUCAAGCCUGAGGAGGGCGUUGAUGUGUUUAGCAUGAGGGACAUCACAGAGGAGGAGAUAGAGGAGGUUCUGAGGGAACAGUUCAAUGUGGUCCUGCAGAACAAACUGAAGAUCGUGGCCAACAGGUCAUGGUACACCCUCUGAGAGCCAGCGGCUGUACCGCGUACUGUGAUAUAGUCACAAUUAUAUCAGAACAUAAUAUUUAAAACUUGACUACGUAAUUAUGCUUUUUAAAACAAUUUCAUUCUGUGACGCCUUUUGUAACUCUGCUUUUGAAAAGUGCCAAAUAAUUAAAAUGAUAAUACAGUAAUGUUAUAACCUUAUAUUUAUUAUAUGUGAUACAAUUGUUUCCAUCUCUGUCGAUAUUGUCACAACUUUAUGGAAAUGUAACUUCGGCGUAAUUCUAGAAAUAUAUAAAUACAUAUAUAAAAUAGAACAAAGAUUGUAUUUUUCAAGAAUUUCGCCAAAUUCCACGUAAACGUGAGUCUGAUGAAAAUGUUUUACCCUGCUUUUCUUGAAUCUGUCCUUUGUUUCUCUGCCGUUUGUUGGCACGGCAACCUCACCAACAAAGAGAAGAACGUUCUUGUGAAGAAAGGGGUGAAAUUCAACAGAGAUCUUAAAAACUCAGCUGAAAAAAAAGCUAAGUUCAUUUGAAUCAAUCAAACUCAUGCUCUUAAUCCAGAAUACAAACUGCAAGCAUACAAAUUCUCCUCCGCGCUGCUCUAGAUGCCACAGUGAGGAGGAAGUAAUGGUGGUCACUGCUACCUGGUUUUUACCUGAGUGCUGCUCGAAAGUUUAUAUAUAUUUACUCAUUUAUUGAGUGUAUAUCUGAUGGCCUUUCUGUAUUCCAUGUUUUGUUUUGGGUAUUUUGCUCUUGAGCUGCACUUUCCACAUUUUACACUUACGAUAAGCUCCUGCUCACACUCUGCAUAUUUAUAUGUCUUAUGUUGUUUGAAUGUGAUCUUUUGUUUGCUGUAGGGCUGUCACUGUAACGCAUUAAUUAGAUGAAUUAAUCACACUGCAAAUUAACACUUUAUAAAAUCAAAUCUAAGUUUAAUUAUAGCACACGAUUAAGUACAAUUCAAUGCAAAUUUAAUUGCGAGUUGCCCUAUUUAGAGGCAUGUAGAGGCUUUUAGUAUUGAUUAUGAAUUUCUGUAUUGAGUUAGCUUUAGCAUUUUAGAAUUUUUUUACUCUAUAUUUUUACUGCAUUUUUGAAUAAUGCACCAGCAAACAAAUUGGUUUGCUGGGAUGUGCUUGACCAUUUUCUUCUUUUGAAUUUCAACAAUGAAACACACUGAAAGUGUUAUUUGAGUUGCUUGAUUGGGCUUAGAAUUUAUUUUAGACAAGGUGCCCUGGCUUGGGUUUCAUUCAUCAUCAAUAAAAAUGUGGAUUUCCAAUCUUCUCUUCUCAGUAUUUUCAUUUGACGAGUCAUACACUAAUAUUCUGCAACAUCCUGGAAUUCAAAUUCUCUAUUUGGGGACCUAAAGCAGA